GUAUUAUACAUCAUAACCUAUUUCAUAACUGUCAAAAACAGCUGUUUAUUUGUUAACCUUAAAAAUUUAUAAAUCAUUGAAUAAAAUGAUAGAAGUGACUGCGAAAUUAAUUCGGGGUCCUGUUUAUUUGUUGGGUGAGAUUGUUGAGUGUGGAAUAUCGUUUACGCAUCCUCCUUCGCCGCAACAUCGCGUUUCGCAAAGCAAUAACGACGCUUUCGAAAGUUUAGCUUGGGCCUCCGCCCAAAUUCAUUGUCAAUGUACGACCGAUUCGAAAUUGAACAGGACCAAAACGGAGAAAAAGGAUGAAAGUAAUUGUUUAAUAAAUAAUACUACCUUGUCCGUGGGGAAUCACGAUUCUGGAAGAACCGAGGUGGCCACUAAACCGAGAAUUUUGUUUUGCGAUUUAAGAUUGUCCCCAGGUCAAACUAAAACAUAUAUUUAUCGUGAAAAAAUUCCCGGAGAUGCCCCACCGUCUUAUAGAGGCCAAUUAGUAAAAUAUUCUUAUAAAAUAACUAUCGGAACUCAACGAGUUAACAGUCCAGUUAAAUUAUUAAGAGUUUCAUUUCGAGUUUUACCCGUGUCUGUGCCCAUUUUAAGCGAUAUAAGCGGUUUAUGUAACGAUACAACCGAAGAAUUAUCUCCAGCUAAUCCCUUUUUGGAGAUAAAACAAAAAGAAACUCCUUUUGAUAUAGCUCUUGAGGCUCUACAAAAUAUUACGGCAAGAAGAAAUCCGAAUUUUUAUGUGAUUUCAAAUAUUUUUGGAAAAGUUGCUCGGUUUUGUUUAUUUAAACCAGCUUAUAAAUUAGGAGAGGAUAUUAUCGGGACUUUUGAUUUUACCGUAGCAACAGUUAAUUGCGUCCAAGUCUCCGUUUCGCUUCAAUGUGAAGAAGAAACCAGUUUAGAUGAAAAUAAUAAGCAGACUAAAAUAAGCACGUACAGCAAACACCAUGAAGUUUGUUUGGGGUUAAAAUACACCCAAGUUAUUUUACCAAUUCCACUUCAUGUCACACCAGCGUUUUCAACCAAAUUAGUUAGUUUAAAAUGGAGAUUACACUUUGAAUUUGUUACCAGUACAAAUUCUGGGCUACAACCCCCCGAUUUGGAUGUUUUCGAUUGGCAAGCACCUGGCGAACUUUCCAUUGAAACGAUGGUUUGGGAUUUGCCAAUUAAAUUGUUUUCGACAACGCCCAUUUUAGUUGCGCAAGGUGUACAAUUAAAUAAUGUUUGUAAAUUAAGUAUAAGAUAAACUAUGUAAUAUUGAAAAUAAAAUUUAUUACAAAAAAAUCUUAAAU